AUGUCGUCGGCGUGUGCGCUCAAGACGACGGUCCUCGUGGCCGGCAGCCAGUGCCCCGGCGCCUGCAAGAACCAGCCGUCCGGCGCCUGCGUGCUCUUCAAGACCAAGAGCCUCUGCCAGGCGCUGCCAUCGACGCAGUCGGGCAACUGCACGACGGGCGACGAGUUCCCGCUGCAAGGCGCCACCGAGUGCGUGCUCACGUACACGUGCCCGAACCUGCACUCGCGCAGCAAGGACGACAAGCUGUUCUGGCACUUUUCGGUCGCCGACUUCACGAUUAGCACCGAUGCCACCUUUGCCGGCGCGCCGAUCGACGAGCUCGGGUCGCUUGGCUCGGACGAGUUUGCCAGCGUGCAGUCCUUCCAGCUCACGGGCAACGGGUUUACAUCGCCGAAAGGCGCGAUGCGCACGAUCACGUACCCGCCAGGCCUCUUUGGCACGGCCACGCACCUCACGCGCCUGUACUUUGUCAACAUGAACCUCUCGGGCACGCUCGCGCCGGGCGUCACGGGUCUUCUGCCCAACAGCCUCGAGCAACUGUCCCUCGUCAAUGCGGGUUUGACGUCGCUGCCGCUCGACGUCAAGGCCAUGCCGUCACUCGCCGUGCUCAACAUGACGGACAACAACUUGGCGUCGGUCCCGGUCGACUCCAUCACAAAAGUGCGCCAGCUCCUCCUGGCCGGCAACGCGCUCACGUCGAUGCCCGAGGUGCCCCCGACUGUCCAGAUUCUGGACCUCUCGCGUAACAAGCUCACGAGCUUCCCGUACACCGCCUUGAGCGUGACGGGCCUUCAAGAGCUGUGGCUCCAGGGCAACGCGCUCUCCAAUGUCGUCCUCGACGACACGCAGACCACGCAGCUCCGCAAGCUCAAAACAUUCAGCGCCGACUUCACCGUCACGACGUGUCCGGCAGGGUCGGGCGUCGCCCCCGACCGGCUCAAGGCCUUGACGAGCGCCCAGUUUUGCUUCAAGGGCGUCGAGUCAGCCGACGCCAAUUCGUCCAUGAGCUCGGUGGCCAUUGUCUUGAUCGCACUCGGGUCGGUGGUCAUUGUUGCUCUCGGUGUCUUCUGCUUCUUUCGGCACCGUCGCCAGGCAGGCGCGAAAGGGAAGAACGGCCGCCGCACGUCGCUCGGCACGGACGGCACCGGCGGCACGUCCAACCAUUACGUCUCGGCCGACUCGCACUACCGCGACACGACGUCGCUCGGCCUCUUGAGCGACCCGGAGCUCCUCGCCGUGCGCAUCGACUACCAGGAAGUGCAGGAGAUCCAGCUGAUCUCCCGCGGUGGGUUUGGCGAAGUCUGGAGCGGCAUCUACCUCGGCCGGCCCGUGGCCAUCAAGCGCCUUUUGCCCGAGAAGCGGACGUGGGACGACGCCAUGAACUUUGCAAUGGAAAUCAAGAUGAUGACGCGCCUCAACCACCCAAAGAUCGUCGAGUUCAUUGGCGCUGCGUGGUCCAACGCGCUCUCGAUCCAAGCGAUCUGCGAGUACAUGAACUGCGGCGACCUCAAGUCGCUCCUCGACCGCAGCAGCACCAAGAACGAUGCGAACGGCACGGUGCUCACGUGGGCCAACAUCAAACUCCACCUCGCGAUCGACGUCGCCGACGCCCUCGUGUACCUGCACUCGCUCAACCCCAAGUUUAUCCACCGCGAUCUCAAGUCGCGCAACAUCCUCAUUGAUGCGGAGAACGGGGCCAAGCUCUCGGACUUUGGUAUCUCGCGCAACCGCAACCUCGAAGACACCAUGACGGCGGGCGUCGGCACGUGUCGCUGGAUGGCCCCGGAGGUGAUCCAAGGCGCCCACUACGACGAAGCCGUCGACAUUUACUCGUUUGGCUGCGUCCUCUCGGAGAUGGACACGUGCAACGUGCCGUACUUUGACGCGACGCACACCAACGGCUCCAAGCUCCAAGACCAUGCGAUCAUGGCCGGCGUCGUGCAAGGCACGCUCAAGCCGAGCUUCACCAAGGACUGCCCGAAAGAGAUUGUCGCGAUCGCCGUCGCGUGCCUUGAGACGGACCCCAAGAAGCGCCCGACGUCGACGCAGCUCUCGUACCUCCUGCGCAAGUACCGCAAAGAGUCGGAGCGCCUCAACGACACCAACUCGACGUAG